AUGUUCCGCCGAACCCUCUUCCGCAUCCGGUCCUCCCAACCCACGUCCUCCCUGCGCCCCCAUCUCCGCCACGGCGCCCGCAACACAUCCAGCAAACCCCCCUCCACCCGCCCCACCGACCCCGCCGCCGACAUCCUCGAAUCCCAAUCCCUCAACGCCGCCAAACCUGAACCCUCAAAAGCCCAUUCCCGCCUCGACCGCACCGUCUCACGCACCCCGCGCUUCCUGCGCUCCUACCUAGAAAAGCUGCGCUCAGCGCCCUUGACGCACAUAACAGCCUUCCUCCUCCUGCACGAACUCACCGCCGUCGUCCCGCUGAUCGGGCUCGCGGCAACAUUCCACUACACGCGCUGGCUGCCGCCCUACAUCUCCGAGGGCGCGUGGGUGCAGGCAGGCGUGGAGAAGUUUGGGCGGUAUUUCAGGCGCAAGGGGUGGUUGGGGGAGGAGGGGAGUAGGAGGGAAGGGUAUUGGGGCUUUGGCGAGGGAGGCGUCAGGUGGGUCGUUGAGGUUGCGACGGCGUGGGCGGUUGUCAAGGCGCUGUUGCCGCUGCGGCUGGCGGUUAGUGUCUCGGCUACGCCGUGGUUUGCGAGGUGGGCGGUUGUGCCUGUUAGGGAGGGGGUGAGGAGGAUGGUCGGGUUGGGGAGGAGGAAGGGGGUUGUGGGCACGGCGGCGGGGACGGGGGCGACUAGUGCAGGCGUGGUGCCAAAGAAGGGGAGUGUGGGGGGCGGCAAGAAUGCAGGGUGA